CCAAGCUCCAUUCCGCGAAUCUUGGCUAGCCGGCCAAUAUAACUGCUGUGCAGGUUUUGCAUCGUGCGAUCUUUAUCCACACGUGCUUCGGCAUGGACCUUACAUUGAAUCUGAGCUCAUUUCCUUUCUUGGGCCAGCUGGAUCACUCUUUGACUUGACACUUCCUCUCUUUCCUCUUUUAUUGCACUCACUCAACCAUAUUCAGCUGUUUUUACUUCCCCCUUCUAGAUUUGAGUACAAACAAAUAUGCAUACAUUUUUCGCUGGAUAUUUGUGCUGAGUUGCGAGUUGAGUUGGGAUGUCUCGGUUAGUUGUUUUGAAACAGUGAUGCAUCUACUCAGAAAUUUGUGCAAAGCUAUAUGCAAUGCUGUAGACUUUUCACAUGGAGUUAAAUGCAAGUUAUGACAUUGAGCAUUCUCGCUCCUCGGGAAGCUUAGAGCAUGACAUGUGGCCUUUAGAUCCAAUUGAUCCAAAGAAGGCGAAAUUUCCGUGUUGUUUAGUUUGGAAUCCCCUCCCAGUUGUCUCAUGGUUGGCGCCCUUCAUUGGUCAUGUUGGCAUUUGCAGGGAGGAUGGAGUUGUUUUAGAUUUUUUUGGAUCCAAUUUUGUGAAUGUUGAUAAUUUCGCUUUUGGUGGAGUCGCUAGAUACUUGCAACUUGAUCGAAGACAGUGUUGCUUCCCUCAAAACAUAUCUGCGCAUUCAUGCAAGCAUGGCUACCUGCACUCCGAGUAUGGGACAGCAAUCACAUGGGACGAUGCCUUGCAUUCGAGCAUGCGCUAUUUCGAGAACAAAACUUACAACCUCUUCACAUGCAACUGCCAUUUGUUCGUCGCCAACUGUCUUAACCGGCUAUGUUACGGUGGAUCAAUGAGCUGGAACAUGAUAAAUGUUGGAGCCUUGAUACUAUUCAAGGGUCAUUGGGUUGAUUUCAUGUCAAUUUUAAGGGCUUUCUUGCCUUUUGUUGUGGUUGUUUGCAUUGGUGUUUUGAUGGUUGGAUGGCCCUUCUUAAUUGGCCUAUCAUCAUUUUCAUUACUCUUAAUUGGGUGGUAUUUAAUGGGAACUUACUUGUUUAGAAACCUUUUAGAGCGUUAGAUGAUGCACACCCUUGAAUUGAAGGAUGGUCUUUAUUUUUGUUCCAUAUUCACCAAAUGAUAAGUUUCAGAACAAGAAAUAAGUGUCAUUUUGUGGAAAUUGAAUGAAAAUGGCUUUCAAUGUUCCUUUGUUUUCGUA